CGUCGAGCAGGCGCUGCUCGUCUCCAACGAGCUGAUCCGCGUCGCCAUUUUGUGGCCCGAGCAGUGGCACGAGUCGCUCGAGCAGGCCUACCGCCGCUACUUUGAGCAGCCGCACGCCGGCGAGCCGCGCGGCAUCGAGUCGACGCUCGCGGUGCUCGCGCCGCUCUACGCGCGGCUCGAGGCGGGCGCCUCGACCGCGCACGAGGCGGAUUUUGUCGCCGCCUACGCCGCCGACCUGCGCUCCGCCCUCGCGCACUGCCACGAGUUUCGCUUGUCGGGCGACGAGGCGCAGCUGCAGGCGGCGUGGACGCGCUUCUACGAGGUGUUGCGCCAGCUCGGCCGGCAGCUGCAGCAGGCGCGCACCCUGCAGCUGCGCGACGUCUCGCCGCGGCUUCUCAAGGCGACCAACCUCGAGAUCGCCGUGCCGGGCACCUACCGCGCCAACGCGCCCGUCGUCGCGAUCCGCUCCUUCGCGCCCGCGAUCCGCGUAAUGUCCUCCAAGCAGCGGCCGCGCAAGCUGGCGGUGACGGGCGACGACGGCGUCGAGUACGUCUUCCUGCUCAAGGGGCACGAGGACUUGCGGCAGGACGAGCGCGUGAUGCAGCUCUUCGGCCUCGUCAACGCGCUCCUCGCCUCGACCGACGACGGCGCGCGGCUCGACCUCGGCAUCCAGCGCUACUCGGUCGUCCCGCUCUCGACCAACUCGGGGCUCAUCGAGUGGGUGCCGCGCUGCGACACGCUGCACACGCUCGUGCGCGCCUACCGCACGUCGCGCUCGGUGCUGCUCAACGUCGAGCACCGGCUGAUGCUCCACUUUGCGCCCGACCUCGAGUCGCUCACGCUGCUGCAGCGGAUGGAGGCCAUCCGGGCGCGCGCUCUCGCGGCCCGUCCAGGGCACGCCCGCGCGACCUGCCCGCGGCUUGCGCCCUCCUCCGAAGAGUGGCUCGAGCGGCGCUCCCACUUCUCGCGCUCGCUCGCCGUCAUGUCGAUGGUCGGCCACAUCCUCGGCCUCGGCGACCGCCACCCGUCCAACCUGAUGCUGCACCGCUUCACGGGCAAGACCAUCCUGCACAUCGACUUUGGCGACUGCUUCGAGGUUGCGAUGCGGCGAGACAAGUACCCCGAGACGGUGCCCUUCCGGCUCACGCGCAUGCUCGUCGCCGCGAUGGAGGUGUCGGGCGUCGAGGGCACCUUUCGCGCGACCUGCGAGGCGACGGUCAUGUCCGUGCUGCGCCGCAACAAGGACUCGGUGAUGGCGAUGCUCGAGGCCUUCAUCCACGACCCGCUCAUCAAGUGGCGGCUGCUGCAGGCCCACCCGGCCGCGGCGGCGGCGGCGGCCGCCGCCAGCGGCGCCGCCAGCGGCGGCGCCGCCAGCGGCAGCGCCGCCACCGCCAACGGGACGACGUCUCAGUCGACUGCGACCACCGCGGCGGGUGGCGCAGGCACCGAGGGGGGCGGCGAGCCGCACGCACUCAACGAGCGCGCGGUGCGCGUGAUCCGGCGCGUCGACAACAAGCUGACCGGCCGCGAGUUCGGCGAGCAGCUCACCGUUGCCGAGCAGGUGCAGCGGCUCAUCGAGCAGGCGACUUCGAACCAAAACUUGUGUCAGUGCUACACCGGCUGGUGCCCGUGGUGGUGA